AUGGUUCUGGAGAGCGUGGCCCGGGUCGUGAAGGUACAGCUCCCUGCCUACUUGAAGCGCCUUCCGGUGCCGGAAAGCAUCACCGGCUUCGUGCACCUCACAGUUGCAGAAUGGCUCCGGCUGCUGCCCUUCCUGGGUGUGCUCGCUCUGCUGGGCUAUCUUGCCAUCCGCCCAUUCUUCCCGAAGAAGAAGCAACAGAAGGACAGCUUGAUAAACCUUAAGAUCCAGAAGGAAAACCCCAAGGUGGUGAAUGAAAUCAACAUCGAAGACCUGUGUCUCACGAAAGCAGCUUACUGCCGCUGCUGGCGCUCCAAAACGAAGCCUGCCCCCCCAGCCCUCGACAUCAGCCCCACGCCCGGAGCAGGGCUUCGUCCUGGCACAUGUUGA